ACAUCCCACAACCAGCAACACACAUCUCACCCGCCGCCAGCCCGCUUGACUCGCCUAUCUGCCCGAAACUUUUCGGACACCUUUCUCAACAUGUCAAACGCAACCGAGUCGGCGGCAAUCCCCAUUGUGGUCGACUUCUCCGGCGGUCUUGAGAUGCUCUUCGACGACCAACGCCGGCAUUCUGUCUCGCUUCCCGCCGUCGACGCCGGCGGCAAGCCGGCCAAUAUUGCCUUCCUUAUUCAAUACCUCUGCAAGAACCUCAUGAAGGAUCCCCGGGUCGACCUGUUUGUCCUAGACGACCACCUCCGUCCUGGCAUUCUGGUGCUCAUCAAUGACGCCGACUGGGAGCUCGAGGGGGAAGAAGCCUACAAAAUUCAGCCGCACGACAACAUCUUGUUUGUCUCGACCCUCCACGGCGGCUGACCAAGCACGCCAUCCCGGGGACCCGGGGCUCCAAACGCGCCGUCCGCGAAAUCAUGGAACAAGCCG